AUGCCUCGCGCCGAAGCAGGCACCACAAAGGCCAUCGGAAACAGGAUCAAAUCCAAAGGCCUCGGCCGAUUGCGAUGGUACUGUCAAGCAUGCGAGCGGCAAAUGCGAGACGAGAACGGCUUCAAAUGCCACGUUGCUAGCGAAAGCCACGUACGCCAAAUGCUCAUCAUCGGCGAGGACGCCCGCAAACACAUCCAGGAUUUCAGCAAGGACUUCCAGAAGAACUUCGUCGAACUGCUGCGGACCACGCACGGCGAGAAGAAGGUACACAUGAAUCACUUCUAUCAGCAAGUUAUCGCGGAUAAAGAACAUAUUCACAUGAACGCGACCCAAUGGAAGAACUUAUCACAGUUCGCUGCGCAUCUUGGAAGAGAAGGAAUUUGUCGAGUCGAGGAGACGGAGAAGGGAUUGUUCGUCUCAUGGAUCGAUAACAGUCCGGAAACGAUGCGCAAGCGCGAAGCGGUCAUGAAGAAAGAACGUCAGGAUAAGGGUGACGAGGAGCGGGAACAACGCGCGAUCAAAGAGCAGAUUCAGCGUGCGCAGGCCAUGGCCAAGGUACAAGAAGAGGAGAAUCCCGAAAAUAAAAUGCUGCAGCGCGAAGAAGGCGAGAAGGUCACAUUGAACUUUGGGUUUGCAGCGAAGCCGAAGACAGAUACAAAACCCGCUUCACCGUCGGCUGAGUCCGAGACAAAAGAAAAGGAAUCACCCGAAAGGAUAGAUGCACCAGCACCAGCCGAGCCCGCCCUGGCAGCACCUAAGAUCUCAAUGUCUUUCGGCGCCCAGAAACCGAAGAACGUGUUCGCAUCAGCGGCUAAGAAGAACCCUCUUGCUGGAAAGAGGGGGCCUGUCAUGGCUCCUCAGAAGAAGAUGACGGAGCAGGAGAGGAUCAUGAAGGCUGAGAUGGAGGCUAAUGAGCGGAAGCGGUCGAGGCCGGAUUCCGGGUUUCAUAAUAAGCGGCCGAAGAUCUCGUUGAAGUGA